GGCUGGAACCAGACCUUCAACUGGGUGAUGACCUACAGGCGGGACUCAGACAUCUUCAUGCCCUAUGGCAAGCUCGUGCCCAACCGGUCGGCCACCGUGAACAUCCCCGCAAAGACCAACUUGGUGUCCUGGGUUAUCAGCAACUACCACAGGACUCAGAGAAGAGCUGAGGUCUACAGAAACCUCUCCAGGUACCUCCACGUGAACAUAUACGGGAAAGCAAACAACAAGCCGCUUUGCCAGGAUUGCCUCUUGCCAACAACGUCCAAGUCCAAGUUCUACCUGGCCUUCGAGAACUCCAUCCACCAGGACUACAUCACCGAGAAGCUCUGGAGGAACUCGCUGCUGGCCGGCACCGUGCCCGUGGUGCUGGGUCCUCCCCGGGCCAACUACGAGCAGUUCGUCCCUGCAGACUCCUUCAUUCACGUCGAGGACUUUGGCUCCCUGGCAGAGCUGGCCGCCUUCCUG